AAAUCCCCGCUGCCUGUGCCGCAUGCGCAUUCGUUCUUUUUUCUAACGCUAGCUUUCAUUACAGUUAGCGAAACAAAUUCUUUAAAUCUCCUCGUAUGUUUAGUAUGACUAUUAAAAUCCAGCCUGCAUAAUAUUUUUUCAAUUUUUAGGCAAGAGUCAAAUUCAGUUGACAAGAUGAAUAUAAGAAACGCAAGACCAGAGGACCUCAUGAACAUGCAGCAUUGUAACCUGCUGUGUCUCCCAGAAAACUAUCAGAUGAAAUACUACUUCUAUCACGGGUUGUCAUGGCCUCAGCUGUCAUACAUCGCAGAGGAUGAAAAUGGAAAAAUUGUUGGUUAUGUGCUUGCAAAGAUGGAGGAAGACCCAGAUGAUGUCCCUCAUGGACACAUCACAUCACUGGCUGUGAAGAGAUCCCACAGACGCCUUGGUCUAGCCCAGAAACUGAUGGAUCAGGCCAGCCGAGCAAUGAUAGAAAACUUUAAUGCCAAAUAUGUCUCCCUUCACGUUCGUAAAAGCAAUCGAGCAGCUCUGCACCUGUACUCCAACACCCUAAAGUUCCAGAUUAGUGAAGUAGAGCCAAAGUACUAUGCUGAUGGAGAGGAUGCUUAUGCCAUGAAGAGGGACCUCGCCCACAUGGCCGAUGAGUUGAGGAAGCCUGGAGUUCGUGUGUCCUGUCAAGACACCCCAUCCGGCCAGAGCCAGUCGGGCCCGGGCGACCAGGAGAGAGAAAGCGAGAGGGACAGCGGAGGAGAAAGCAAAGAACAGAGUGAAGUCAGCGAGGCAACAGAGAGCACAGAUGUCAAAGAUUCCUCUUCUGAUUCACAAUGACGCUGAAGAAGACAUUUUUAAAAGCAUAACUCACUUCCCGUUUUUAGCUCUUUUUGGCUACUUUGUUUGGCUUUGCCAGAUGUGUGCUUCAAGACACUGAAACCAUUAUCCCAAUCUUUUCUUUCCUCCUUCUUUCCUUUGCUGUGAUGCUUAAGGAGACUUGGAUAUCCAACGCUGUCUUUUGAAAUUAAACUAAAAUAAAAUA